AACUCUGUUUUCUUAACAGUUCUAUUACAUAAAAUAUUGAAUAUAAUAUUGUCUAUCGUCAAGAUGACUUCUGGCCUGAUGAUUUCUCGCACAGUGAUGCGAAAAUCAUAUCAGAGCCUGCUUGGUAUGUCAUUCUCGUCUCUGAGAACUUCUGCUACUAUGGCCAAGACCCAAGAUUCCCCUCGUAUGAAAAAGUUUUCUAUUUAUCGAUGGGAUCCUGAGAAAAAAGGAAAACUACCAGUCAUGCAGAUUUAUGAAGUUGAUCUGGACGACUGUGGCCCUAUGGUUCUUGAUGCUCUCAUAAAAAUUAAAAAUGAGAUUGACCCAACGCUAACAUUUCGGAGAUCUUGCAGAGAAGGAAUAUGUGGUUCAUGUGCCAUGAACAUCAAUGGUGGAAAUCAUCUGGCAUGCCUUUCAAAAAUUGAUGAAAACCUGAAAAAGACAACAAGGAUUUAUCCUCUUCCUCAUAUGUUCGUUGUGAAAGACCUUGUCCCUGAUAUGAAUAAUUUUUACGCUCAAUACCGAUCAAUCGAGCCCUACUUGAAGCAAAAGGAUGCCAGCAAGAAAGGAGUUGAAAAUUAUCAAUCGGUGGAAGACAGGCAAAAGUUGGAUGGUCUGUAUGAAUGCAUCUUGUGUGCUUGUUGUUCUACAUCAUGCCCAAGUUAUUGGUGGAGUUCUGACAAAUAUCUUGGCCCAGCAGUGUUGAUGCAAGCGUAUAGGUGGAUUAUUGAUAAUCGCGAUGACUACACUGAAGAAAGGCUUCAAAAACUAAAUGAUCCAUUUUCUGUUUUCAAAUGUCACACUAUCAUGAACUGUACUGCAACUUGUCCAAAAGGUCUCAACCCUGGUCUAGCAAUUGCAGAAAUCAAGAAACGAUUAGCCCAGUCAUAGUUAUGUUAUAACAGGGCGAUAAAUAUGUAUAAUAUUGUUAUGUGUUCCAUAUAUUCGUGAUAUUGACAGCACUCGAACAUCGGUAUCUCAAAUGUGGAGGCUGGCAAAAUAAAAACAAAAUUAUUUUUGUUGUUGAUUCUAAUUUAUCUAAAAUAUAUCUUUUCAGCUAGUGAGAAAUCCUGCCAGAAAGGCUUGUCAUUCAAAUAAAUAAAUAAAAAUGGUAAAGAUAUUUUCAAUUUCAUAUGAUAGAUAAAAGUAUUCUAGGAUUA